UCACAGAAAAUUUCACUGGGUCCUGAAUUAUACAGCAGCCGCAUCCUGUGUCUUACACCUGCAGAGAGAGUGGGAGGCUCAGAUGAUUCCCUAAGACAGAGCCUGGCCAGCAGAGCAAAAACAAGUUCCUAUAUUCUCCUCCUUUUCAUUGACUGAUUUUUUUUUUUUUACCCUACAAAUUGUCUCCUUUAUGCAAAGAAUUAUCAGAGAAUGCCAUCACUCAUCCUAUCUAUGGUAUGGGUCACGUCUGUCAUUUUUCUCCACUGCAGGUCUGGGAGCGGGAAGGAGAUGAAGUUCCCCAGCAGGGCGGCCAGGCCCCCCUCUCCAUCUGACUUCUUGGACAAACUGAUGGGACGGACAUCUGGCUACGACGCUCGCAUUAGACCCAACUUCAAAGGGCCACCUGUGAAUGUCACCUGUAACAUCUUCAUUAACAGCUUUGGCUCCAUCACUGAAACUACAAUGGACUACCGUCUCAAUGUAUUUCUGCGACAACAGUGGAAUGACCCCCGACUGGCAUACAAGGAGUAUCCAGACGACUCUCUGGACCUGGACCCCUCAAUGCUGGACUCCAUAUGGAAGCCUGACCUGUUCUUUGCCAAUGAAAAGGGGGCAAACUUUCAUGAGGUUACCACAGACAACAAAUUACUCCGUAUAUUCCAGAAUGGCAACGUCCUCUACAGCAUCAGGCUCACACUCACCCUAUCCUGUCCCAUGGAUCUAAAAAAUUUCCCCAUGGACAGUCAGACGUGUACGAUGCAACUGGAGAGCUUUGGCUACACCAUGAAUGAUCUUAUUUUUGAAUGGCUGGAUGUGGGUCCUGUGCAGGUUGCUGAUGAUCUGAUGCUCCCUCAGUUCGUGCUAAAGGAGGAGAAAGGUCUCGGCUACUGCACCAAGCACUACAACACAGGUAAAUUCACCUGCAUUGAGGUCAAAUUCUAUCUGGAGCGUCAAAUGGGCUACUACCUAAUCCAGAUGUACAUACCCAGCCUGCUCACCGUCAUCCUGUCCUGGGUCUCAUUCUGGAUUAACAUGGAUGCCGCUCCGGCCAGAGUGGGCCUGGGAAUCACCACAGUGCUCACCAUGACAACCCAGAGCUCGGGGUCACGAGCCUCGCUGCCAAAGGUCUCUUAUGUGAAGGCCAUAGACAUCUGGAUGGCAGUGUGCCUUCUCUUCGUGUUUGCUGCGCUGCUGGAGUACGCGGCCGUUAAUUUUGUUUCACGCCAGCACAAAGAGUUCUUCAGACUGAGGAAGAAGCUUAAAGAGCAGCAGCGGCAGAGAACUCAGGGCAGCGGAGAGAGCAAAGUGAAAGGAAACAACAUACCGGGCAACAAUGCUCCUCAUGGGAACGCAGCCCAGCAAUGCAGUGUCUGUGCCAGGGAAGAAGAGCUGGCACAGCAGGGCUUAUUCUUCCAGAGUUAUGGCAUUGCCAUGUCGUCAGGAGAUGCACCAGAGAUGGACGCAACACCGGUCUUUGCUGAUUUACCUCCCGGUUUGGGCUUCUAUGACAUCCGGAGGCGUUUUGUGGAUCGGGCGAAAAGGAUUGACACCAUAUCCCGAGCUGUGUUCCCAAUGAGUUUCCUCAUGUUCAACGUCCUCUACUGGCUCACUUACAAAGUUCUGAGACAUGAAGACGUCCAGGCCACACUGUGACAAUCCAACGACUGAACCAAACACAGCAAAACAAAAACACACUGGAUACCUUUAAUUCUGCUCUCUUCACUGAAACAUUUACAGACUGAGAGUCCUCAGCUGAGCCAUGCAAGAUCUGUUUUGACUGCAUGUCCAGCGCCGUUGUGUAAUUUCAUGAAAUGGAGCUGUGCAUCAAUUUCUUUUCAAUUUUUAAUACUGCUGAUGAAAUGCACUUUUCGAUGCUUCAGACCUUGCACUUCAAUGUAUGUACAGUUGGCUUCAUAAGUGUGUGGGCUGAAACACAGUUUUAAUACUUCCCACUUCACUGUGUGUGCUGUUCGUUUCACCAGUAUUUGGACUGCAUCACUUUUUCCGAUGUUAUGUCUGGGUUAUGUUCUGUUGGUGUAAAAUCACACAGCAAAAAUAAGGGAGAUGCACACUCCUUGGUGCAUUGCAUGUGUGCUAAUGUUGCGAUGCUAUGUUUAACAGUACCCAGAGCUGCAGGUUUCACAGGUGAAAUAUCAAUGAAAGUUUACACUGUUUUUCCAAAUACUUGGGGGAAAAACAAUUUUGUUUCUUUUCUCCUGGACGUCUCUGGAGUUCUAGGGGAAAAUGUUAUUUUUUUAUGAUGAACAAAACAUGACUGCUCUAUUUUACGUAAUCUUUCUCUGUCAAAUUAUUUUUCGAACUCUGCAGUAGAGACCCCAUUUCUUAAAAAAGAAGAAAAAGAAAAAAAAAACAUCAAGUAUAGUACCUCGUUCUUUUGAAAUCGAAAG